AUGAUAUGGUCAACAUUCAAAGAAGGUUUUAAGGAUUUUAAAUCCAGAAUGACAUGUGUGAAUAGCGUGAUAGAGGUUUUGAAGAAUGAAGAAGUUAGAAUGAUUGGGAUUUGUGGUAUGGGGGGUGUGGGUAAAACCACAAUGGUGAAAGAAAUCAUCAAAAGAUUGGCAGGAUUGAAAGUAUUCGAUAAUGUUGUGAUGGCAGUUGUGUCCCAAAGCCCAAGCAUUCAAAAGAUUCAAUUAGAAAUUGCAGAGGAGCUGGGGUUUAAAUAUGACGAGAAUACCGAAAGUGGAAGAGCGCGAAGGCUCUACGGAAGACUCAUGGAAAUAAAUAAGAUCCUCAUUGUAUUAGAUGAUGUGUGGACAGAGCUCGAUUUUGAGGCUAUUGGACUUCCUUAUGGACCUCAUAAAGGGUGCAAAGUUCUGUUGACCUCGCGAAACUUGGAAGUGUGCAAUGCAAUGGGAAGUCAAGAAAUUUUUACAAUCCCAGUUUUAACACCAGAGGAAUCAUGGGAACUCUUCCGUGAAAUCGUAGGUAAACCCUUGGACUAUCCUGAUUUGGCAAAACGAGUCACGAAUGAGUGUGCAGGUUUACCUAUUGCAAUUUUAACUGUUGCGAAAGCACUAGAAAAUAAGAGGAAGCAUGUAUGGGAUGAUGCCCUCAAACAGCUACAAAGUUCAGCCCUUGGAAGCAUCUCUUCGAUGAAUGACAAAGUUUAUUCAAGCAUACAAUGGAGUUAUGAUAGAUUGGAGAGUGAUGAAGAGAAAUCAUGCCUUUUGCUUUGUUGUUUAUUUCCUGAAGAUUAUGAUAUUCCAAUUGAGUAUUUGGUUAGAUAUGGGUGGGGUCGAGGGUAUUUUAGUAACGCGGAUUCGGUGGAAGAAGCAAGAAAUAGAGUGCAUUCUUUGAUUGACAAACUUCAAAGAAGGUUUUUGUUGCUAGAUGGCAAAUCGGAAGAGCAUACCAAGAUGCAUGACAUAGUUCGUGAUGUUGCCAUACAAAUGGCCUCAAGAGAUCCACAUAGAUUUCUAAUAAGAUGUGAUGCUGAAAAAACAGGGUGGCCAAAGAUAUACGACCAUUACACAACAAUCUCACUGAUACCAAUUAAUAUUGAUGAGAUCCCAGUUGGUCUGGAUUGUCCAAAACUUGAGCUUCUACACUUAGAAGGCGAACGUUAUUCGGAAAAUAGCAUGGACAUCAUGUGUAAAGGGAUGAAAGAGCUGAAGGUUUUAGCAUUGGUAGACAUGGGUGGGAUAUCAGCCUUGCCGAGAGAUCCUCAGCUUUCGUAA